AAUAAACAUACUGGUCUUUGUUAUAUUGGUUUCCUUAUUUUGUCUAUUAAUAGUUUCACGUAAUGACAUUUAAGUAACUCUAUAUUUAGGAAAAACAUUGGACACAGAUCUCAUUCAAGUCGCAUUUCGAAACCAACAACUACCGAUAAGAAAUUUUAACGCUAGUCACAAUGGACGUUUGUGGUAAUGAUGUGGAGUGUGACGGGAUGUAUGGUGCAGGAAAUAUAAGAGGGAAGCUAAACAGUCUUCAAACUGGGGUGAUUGUUGCGCCUGCAGACAUCGCCAAGGUGGUAUCACAACUUGACACUAAAGCCGUUCAGCCGUCUUCCGAUGAUGACAAUACCGCAAGCCCAAACGUGUGUGCUACUUCACAAAGAACGCUUUCCAAAAAUUAUGUUACACAACACCAUUCACCAACAGCACAGCAGCAAACUCAACUGUUGACAAAUAGACCAGAAACAAAUACUUACUCACAGACAUUCAAAAACGGGUCCUCAGCAAUGCUUACACACUUCCAGACCGCCAAUAAUGGGUCUCCUCCAACACCAAUCAAUACCUCCGGACCAACGGGACCAAAGUAUCCGCAUUUUUCCACGGUUCCGCAAAGAUUAAAGUCCUUCGGAGCUACAAUUCUCGCAGUAUCAACAAAACUCCUCAGCGUGGCUGGUUUUUUCUUGGUCCGAAAUGGAGGCGAAGAUGCUACCAGAUGUCACCAUUGUGGAAUUGGUUUACGCCAUUGGAGCCCGGAAGAUGACCCAUGGGUGGAACAUGCGCGCUUCUCUCCGAAAUGUGAAUACUUGCUCAGUGUAAAAGGACACGAGUUUGUGAACUUAAUCCAGUUGGCAGUUAAAUAUUCAUCUGAUAAAACAAAUGGUACGGCAAAUCAACUGGGUAACACUUCGUCAACUAAUUCUUAUAAAUCUUCACUAGAGCCUAAAGUAGCGAAAACAAGACAAGACUUAAUGAGAGAGAACUCUGAGUUACACAGCAUCAUGAAGUGCAUGUACUGUACCAGUAAGGAGGUAUCGAUUGUUUUCCUCCCAUGUGGACAUCUCAUCUCAUGCGAUGGUUGUGGCAAGGAGCAACGGAUGUGCAAAAUUUGCGGCUCCAGCAUUAAAGGCACAGUGCGAACAUAUAUGGCAUAGCGACUUCAAAAGUUCCGAAGAAGAAAUGCGAUAACGGCCAAGUACGGGCUAUGCAUGAUGCGGCAAUAUGGUAACCUGGACAGUGCUUUCAACGCGAGACGAGAAGCAAUGCAAAAAGGGGCUAUCAUUAAGUGUAUCAUGAGCAUGUUAAGGGGAUGUAAAAAGGUAUCAAACUUCAAGGCAAUAAUUAAGUAUCACAUCGAGAGUAGUAUUGCUGCCUUAGUUAUGCCGAAAUCAUACGUAUGUAAUGUAUGACAGAAUACAAACUAUCAGAAUUAAUGUACAAUAAGGGUCUCGGAGGGAGUAUCAAUAAAGAAAACACUUUUGUUGAAACCCCCGAGCCUUAGUCUCAUCAUAUGCUUUUGUUAUGUGACAGAUAUAUUAUAGGGAUUAUUCGAAUGUAAAAGGCACAGUGGCCCAAAAAUGUUCAAGUUCAAUUCCACAUAUUAUUAUAUUUACUUCAAUUUUAAUAUUAAACCUAUUCUCAUGUGGUAGCGUGUUAUGUAAGGAGGAAUAAUCAACCAAUGAAACAAUUGCAUUGUAAAACAUGCGCGUAAAUCUGAAUGUUAUAAUGAUGUGAAUUGAGCAUCAAAAAAAGCUAGUCGGAACGUUUAGAGCAUGAUGUCAUGGAAUUUUGUCGACUGCCGUAUUGAAGUUACAACAUGAGUUCUGAACAGUUUAUUUGAACGAAGUGGUGAUACAUUGAGUUGUUGAUAUUUUCAAAUACUAAUCAGGAGAAAUUAUUUGCCUAUAUUCUUCUUUUUCUACGUUAUUUUUAUAUAAAACAAUAUUCGGGUAAUAUGAAAACAUGUUUCUUAAAGUUGUGUCUUUAAAAGCUGAAUAACCCGAUCAAAAGUCUUAUGCAAGGUAACAAACCUUGUCCGAAUUGAUGUGAUAUAGUGAACAAAAUAAAAAGAAAGCUAUUUAUCUCAAUUUGAUUGUACUUAAUCAUAUAUGCGCUUGUUUUUCGAUGAUACAUUUAUUAAAUGUUUACAUUGUUGUGCUUCUUAUUUUAUAAUCAUGUUGCGAUGGUUAACAUCUGACCACUAGUUAGAUAAAUUUCAAUUGCAUUUAAAAUUAUUCCUUUUUGAAAAGUAAAAAGUUUGAAAAAUGUACACUCUUAAUUGUCAUAAAUGUCCGAAUGUAAUGUAAAUAUUUAUUAUAUGCCUUAUAUGAAUUCAUACACAUGUAUAUACGUUUUCCUCUGUUUAUCAUGUCAAUGUUAUAAAUAAUAUUUCAACAAUAUGUGUAUAUCUAAUGUAAUCUAUUUAUAAUGUCAUUGUUCACUCUGUUGAUCGCUGACGACGUGUAAGAUAUUGUACUAUGUACACAUAUUAUGCUUACGUAUUUUGUUAAUUAUUGUAAACUUGUGGUUGUUUUUUUGUUCAGCUCUUCACGGUUUUGGAGAAAUUAAAGUUAUAUAAAGUUAAAUAAAUAUAUAUGAUAUAUUUACUUAACUUCAAUUAUCACAUCAUUAUAAUAGGAAAAAAGAGUAAAAAAAUCACUGGCUCAUUUAGUUUAAAAAUACCUUGUAAAUUGUUUUAUAUUUUGUAAAAAAACAUUAAAGAAAUUGACACUGCUACACACGUUCUCUUUUUGACAACUUUGAAUUUGUUAAGUGAAUUUAAUUUAAGGUUCUUCUUUACUAUAAAGAAACCACCUUAAGUUUCAUUAAAGAUUACUUUCUGUGUAAUGUUUCACUUUUAUCUCUAUGAUAAUUGCUGUGAUGCUAGAUAACGUUUGUUGUAUUAUCUGCUUUCUUAUAAGUUUUCGAUGUCAGUAUAUAUUAUUGCACUUUAAUAUUUUGUAAAAUGUUUUUGAAAUAAAUUCUGGACUUUGA